CUAGUAUGUUGUAAACCAAAACAAAUAAAUCUAUAGUAAACAGGAAUUUCCAUUAAAAGUCGACUAUGAAUCGCUUUGCCUAUGAAGAGGCCCGAUUGGUCGAGAGCGAGUCCUUUGUAAGCAGGGAUCGCAAUGUUAAAAUCUACGAUGGCGAUCAAAAGACGGAGUUUGAAGAUGGGGAAGUAGUGCUGACCACUCAUAGGCUCUUCUGGGGACGUCCUGGGGAAAUAGCUCGAGCAGCUGUAACACUUUGCCUGCCCCUCAGCUAUGUGAUAUCACUCAGCGAAGAAACAACUUCGAAUUUCUUUGGCCGUAAGACUCGAAUUAUUAUGCACCUGAGACCGCCAGAUGUAAGCAAAGGGCCUGGUCCAUUGGACACAAGUCGGGCGACACAUAUUAAACUCUCGGGGAAGAAUGGACUAAGAGUAGAGUUUCACAAUGCUCUGCGAGAGACUUUAACUGCCCGGGUCUGGGAAAUCUCACUGACCAAUGAGACAAUACUUAAAGAUCCAGAAGCCAUGGCGAAUGUCAACGAAAGGCUGGCGAGGAUUCAAAAGCGUACUGGUAUUGGUGGCAUAGAGCGUCACCUGGAAGCGAAGGCUAAGGCAACAGACGAGAAUAUAGCACUUGCGUUCCAGGAUCUAAGUGUCCUUAUGGCUAUGGCCAAGGACAUGGUUGGCUUGUCGAAAAGUAUUAGUGGUAAGAUACGCGAGCAAAAAGGUGAAAUAUCCGAUGAUGAAACGGUGCGCUUCAAGUCCUACUUGCUCAGCUUGGGCAUUGAUGAUCCUGUGACGCGGGACAACUUCACCAGCAACACGGCGUACUUCAAUAGCUUGGCCCAACAAAUAUGCGAAAUGCUGCUGGAUCCCAUCGAAGAGCAUGGUGGCAUGAUGUCUCUGGCCGAUGUUUAUUGUCGCGUAAAUCGCGCUCGUGGGCUUGAACUUCUCUCGCCUGAGGAUUUGUUGCACGCUUGCGAACAGCUAAAUGGUCCAAUAAAACUCCGUCGCUUUCCCAGUGGAGCCAUGGUCUUACAGCUGGAAUCCCACGAUGAUGAACUUAUAGCCAUUGACACAUUGGAGAAAGUCAAUGCUGCUGAAUCCCUAGCUGUGGAGGAACUUGCAAAUCAGCUUGGCAUAUCGCUGCUGUUGGCCAAGGAGCGACUGUUGGUGGCCGAACGACUCGGAAAAGUUUGCCGAGAUGAGUCCGUGGAGGGUCUGCGAUUUUACGCCAAUCUAUUACUUCAUCGGAACGUUGACUAGCUGUCAUGGUUGCAUCUCAGUUUAUACAAGAUAUAUGUAAUUAAUGUUUCUGUUGACUCUUUUUUUGUAAAAUACAAACAUGAAUUCGACUGUCACUGUUCAGAUGUGCAGUUUUCGCAAUAAGAUA